AUGAUUCCUUUAUUCCAAUCAAUCUUACCCAAUACUACCCCUCAAGGUGGUAACUUACCAUACUGGUUACUUUUCAUAUCGGUAGUAUCAAUCUUUAACUCCCUUCAAACCUAUCAAUCCAAAGAUUUGCAAUUGACAAAAAGAGUUUAUGAAAAUGAAGCUAAUAAAGCUAAUCAUAAAGUUCCUCAAGUUACGGGUUUAAGUGCUAGAACAUUCGGUACCUGGACUUUAAUCACGUCGAUUGUUAGAUUCUAUGGUGCUUAUUAUUUACAAAAUAAGCAAAUUUAUGAAUUGGUCCAAUUUUCAUUCUUAGUCGCUGGUCUUCAUUUUAUAAGUGAAUGGCUCGUUUAUAAAACUUGUAAACUUGGAAAGGGAUUUGCUGGUCCUUUGGUCGUUAGUAGUAUCAGUACCAUCUGGAUGUAUACCCAAAAGGAUUUUUAUGUCAAUUGA